AUGGUAUUACCAUCGGACACAGUGCCUCAUCGACCUAACACCGGCGCCAAUGAUACUCAGGCACUACGUGACAUAUUUGGAAUAUCACCUACAUCCCAUCGAGGCUAUCAGGCGGCCACCAAAGGCUCCGGCUCCUUUGACGCAGCCUUCAAGUUCGGCCCUGAGACCCCAACCAAGUCAAGGAACAAAAAGAGGCGAUCAAUAGACAAGUUUAGUCAUCUACGUCAACAUCUCUCUCGAUCCAGAUUAUCGAACCACAGUUCGGGGAAAAGUAUGAAGGAGAUCAAGAGCACGGAAACAGUGGUUCACUCGAAGCUGCUACCCGACAGUCACACCUCUGCAGGCUUGGACGAUCUACUCAUUAGCCGGAGUGUUAGCGAAGGUGGGUAUGAUAGCGAUGCAAGAGGUAUAUUGACCCCUUCAUUGACGGAAGCAAGCGCUGGCUCCGUCAUGGUGAGUCCCGAGUACACUGCGAAGGUUCUUGAUACGUUCGAUAGCUCGCCAAGCAAGAGGUCUGCUUCGCUUCUGCCAACACCAUACAAUAUUGCUAAAAUGCAUCAUCCUCCCGCUGGGGUGGCCCGUACUUCUACCGCCAGAAAGAGCCAGAAACACCAUACAAGAGAGCCGUUGGCCGAAGCACCCGAGCCACAAGUCAGGGUUCGAUCCACUUCGACUCCAAGGAAGCACGUGACUCCGCUCCGGGACUCCUUUUCUGUCUUGUUGCAGCUUCAGCCUCAGGAGUCUCCAACCGACGUCUUACGUCGCCUAAGUGUCGGGUUGGCCAACGGAACGGUCAAGCUACCAGAUACCCCAGAGCUAAAAGCCAUGCGAAUGCCAAGUAUCGUGGAAGCGAUGCCAGAGUGGAGGCUCAGCUUUGCCGCUCCUAAAAGAGCUUCCAGUCUCCAUCGAGGUGACACUGAAGUCAGACAAGCUCUGAAAACUUUGAGCGAAAGGGUAGAGAGGGCGAAGAGGGAUAGUGUUGUUAGCGACCGGACAUCCACUGACAAUCAUGCCAGUCUAAUCUCGAACCUUGAUCCUACUCUACUGCAAUACCUUAGCCGGUACAGCGACGAGGAGCAGCGUGAUCGACUACAUGAAGCAACGGAUGAAGUCGAUGGUGGUAGAAAGGGUGGGGAAGCAUUCAGAGAGGCAUCUGACCCGGACACCAUAUUUCAUGCUGAUACUAGUGGACCGCCUGACUCCAAUUGUGGACAAACGGAACCUGCGGAGCGCUUGGUGAACGCUGCUUCUGGCGAGCAGCACAACCAAUGUGGGCACGAAAGCCUGCGGGAUGAGAAAGAUUCAGUCCAUCUAUUUGACAUGCGAAUAUCGCAGAGACUUGCUUCCACUUCCGUCCUACCAACGACUUUACCAAGCAGCACGAAUCUAGGCUCCAACCAGCACUAUAUGGAUAGAAGCUCGCAGAGUUCUGCCAAGCUGGAUCGGUUUCCUGCCAUUACCCGACGAACAUCAGCUGAAAGUCUGCGAAGGCCGAGCGACCCGAGAACGAGAAGACUUUUUGAGCCUGAUCAUCCGGCCGAUGGGCAGAGGAUACAACCAAAAUGGCGGUCAGGGAUAUUGGGGAGCAGCAUGAAUCCCGAUCAGUCUAAUCAAGGUGCCGAAGUAAGCAGAGAUGACACGAGCUCAAUAUACAUGAGUGAUGCCGGGACAGGGGAUGUCGAUGUGAAGAGUGUGGCCUCGCACAGGGCUCGGUCGAGCUCACAGGCCAUGUCAAAUAGUCUUGCAAUAGCUGGACGGCAAGGACUGCUAGGCAUCCCGAUCGACCAAAGGCGGAAUAGCAUUGGCCAAAUGAUGAGGACCCACGGCCAGACCCAAACCAAGUCAUCCAGAAGUGUCAGCCAUACAAGAGGCAAGGAGAGCAAGUUCUCCGAGGAUUUCGACGUCCAGCAAAAGAAGGUCGGAGGGAACUUACAAUCCGAAGGAGCCAACACUCUUGCAAACGAGAGUAUGAGCAUGCUCGAUUUCUUAGCCACGAUCGACCCCAAAGCAGACGGGAACGGGAAGAUGAGUGAGGACGAGUUUGUGGGAGCACUGAACGAGAGGCUGAGGUCCAGUCUUCAGACGCAGCGGAAGAGAAAUACAGCUCAGCACAAGGACGUAUUGGAAGCUAGCAUGAGCAAUGGUCUAUCCUUGGGAGGCAACAUGAACCAGUUCAGAUCUAGCAACUUCAGUGCCAUAGAUGAACCUACGAGAACAAGUCUUCGAGGCCGAGAAGAAUGCGCAACAAACAUGUGGGAACGGGCGCUGAGGAUGGCGAGCGAGGAUCCCAACCUUGCGAGUUCUGCGAGCUUAGGAAGCCCUUUCGGACGACUUCGACAAGACCGAUCUCGAUUCCGACGUUUGAGCGAUAGCCGGCCUUAUCAUCACCACAUACCAGGAGGGUACAACACCAUACCUGCCAGGCAGAGCAGAUCCCUUUCACCCGACAAUGCUGCAACCACACGACCUCGCCAAGAUUCCUUCAACCGUGGUCAGCACCAUUCACCUUGCAUAGAGGCUAAGAAACCUCUGACUCGAUCGACAAGCCCGGCCCGGUCAAUGAGAACGAAGAAGAGAAGUUUACUUGACAUUAGUCGCUUCACGACUCUAGGCCGGCAAGGCAAUAACAACACCGCCAAAGAUUCACCAGCUACAGCAACCCCCACCCGAGACCUCCUGGCCUGGGCCCGUUUCCCCAGCCACACGCGUCUUACCCGCAACGGCGCAGCUGCAGAGAAUGACGGGGUUUCCACGAGGGACUUUUCCCUGCCAUCCGACACGGAGGAAUUCUCCGACCGGAACCGCUCGAAACUUUCACUUAUGACUCAACCAGCCAACAUGGGUGCAAAUACCCCGGGAUCAUGGAAAUUUCUCAGAUCUGGCCACGGAAGGACGAAGAGCCGGAGCAUGAACUUUCCCGUCCCAAACUUGGAUCAAACAAAGAGGGAGCCGGAAAAGGUAAAGGUGAAGAAGAAAUCAUCGGCGCUUGUCCUCACCCGUUCGCUGGCCAAAUGGACGGGUUUGUAUCGCAACCACUCGAGUGAUCUGAGAAGACUCAGGGCUGGUCACCGGAGCUCGGUUCCGAAAGGUGGAGAGGUCGAUUUUCCCGAGUUGGAGAUCGUGCCAGGGUUUGAUGGUGGAGCGGGUGGGCCUGGGGCGAGGGUGAGGAUGGAGCAGUUGGGAGAUUUUGAGGAGUUGAGGAGGAGAUGGGAGGAGAAGGGCGGGAGGGUGAAGGGUGAAGAUCCGGUCAAGACGGGGGUCACUUUGGCGCAGGCGGAGGCUGAAGUUGAUGAACGAGCGCGGCGGGCUUGUGUCAUCAAAGACGACGACAACGAUCUUGAAGACAGUCUCACAGGUCCAAAACGCAACCUACUAAGCUCCACCGACGAGUUCACCGUUUCCAUCCGCACCGCGACAGGCCCACAUGCCUCGGCGGGAUCACGCGAGGGCGAAGAUAGCUACACCUCCUGCUCGGUCGACACGAGCAUGAGCAUGAGCAAUGAUCUUCUACCUCCUCCUCGUCGUCUUUCUCCUCUUGGUGGAACCCGUCCGACCGGGCCUACGGAGCUAGAGUCGUAUUGUCAGCGGGAAAGGGAGAACAUGAUGAAGAGACUUGUUUCGUCGGAGUUGAGAGAUUCGACGACGGAUUUUAGGAUGCAGCUGCUGGAGGAGGAGAGGAGGGUCCGGGAGAGAUUGUUGGGUGGUGUUGAGGAGGGAUAA